CCGAUUCCAAAGAUGGACGAGGACACGCUCCACAACAUCUUGAGCCUGCUCCCUGGACAUUUACAGAACCACCCCAGUCUAGAGCUGCUCAAGGCCGAAGUGCAAGAGGACUACUCCAUGUCCGCCACCAAAGCCAUAGUGAACUUUGUCGUAAAGGGGGUUCAAGGACUCUGACAGUGACAGAAACACAGAGAUGCCCUCCCACAGACAAGAGAUCGUGGUCGUCCCAAAGCCGUGGCACAAGUCUUUCCUGCUCAACAGAACCAAGAUCAGGGACUCUCUGCACCGCUUCAGCCCUCCCAUGAUGGCAGUGCUCGAACUGUGGCACCACCGCCCCGCGGUGAAGAAUCAACGCCUGGUCACAGUCAGUUACUUCCACAAUCGUAAAGAAUCCAUGGAGCUGCAAGAGUUUAAGAAGAUCAUCGGAGAACACGUGGAGCAGUCGACCGAAGUUCUGCUCAAACUCUGGCUGGUAGAGGUGCAGUCCAUCUUCUCCAGAGGAGCCAAGAAGAAUCAGAUUCCAGACAACAGAAACCCGUCCAGGUUUAGGUCCUUCUUUAACUGUGCAGCCGCGCUCAUGACCAUACAUCUGCAGGAGCUAGUGCUGACGUCUAUGGGAGACUACACCCAGAUGAUCACGCAGCAUCCGCCAUCAGAGCGAGCCUUCGAGCACCCGGGCUUCGUGCUGCACCUGGUUUUGGUGGACAAUGAGAUCAAGUUUGAGCCUGAGUUUGAGAUGUUUGAGGAAGUUUUUCUGAGCGUGUUUGACCUGAUGCUGCGAUCUGCUGCUGUGGUGCCCAGAGUGGAGACCAGGCUCUACAGCAACUGGGUAAGUGAGGAAGGACCUCCUGGUGACAGCAGCACUCUGAGGCCUGUGAUCCUGCCUGAGGUCCUGGAGGCCCAUCGUGAGCAGGUGGUCCGAGUUCUCAGAGAAGAGAGUCUCAAACCCAGAGAGUACCUCAGAAACUUCGAUCAGUAUGUCUCUUUAGUGAGCACCCUGGCAGAGGACGAUGUCACACACUUCCUGUCAGAGCCACACAGCUUCCAGGAGAUCAUGGUGGAGGUGGUGCACUAUGAGCAGCUCAUAAAGCAGAUCAAGUACACGCCGUAUCAGGUGGAGCGUUUGGGCCUGUUUGAGGUCCAGUCUCACAAACUGAUCCAGACUCUGACUGAGAGAGCUCAGGAUCUGCAGCACAAACUGACCGAGAAGAUGUUACGUGACCACCAGAACAUCAACAGACAAUUGUGUGUGGAGUUUGAGAAGAUCACAGAGAUGGCCCGGAAGACUCCUCCAGACACGCAGAAGCUCAUGGAACUCAAGGCCUAUAUGAACAAAGUGCAGUCCACAGAGAUGCCACAGCUGCGUCAGAGGGUGAUGGACUCAACCACACAGUUGUGUUUCCUCGUGGACUUUGUGACAUUCUCUCCUCUGCACACGAGGCUCAACGCAGAGACCAUGGGCUGGCUGGAGCGCAUGCCCUCCGAGUUCAGACACCACCAGCAGAUCGUGGCCAAGAAAACCGAGGACUACCAGCACGCCCUCAAGAUGUCCUGUGAGCAUUUUGUGGAGGAGCUGAAGAGUUAUGCUGCUCAAGUGGAAGAGUUUGUCACUUUUGGCGAUUUGGAGGAACUUGAGCAAUACUUGAAAAAGGCCCAAAGUCUGCACCACAAGCUGGAGGUGGCCCUGGAGAAGAUAGAUGAGAUUAACCGUGAUGAGGAGGCGUUUGGGUGGCCCGUCUCUCAGUAUCCUCAGAGGAAGAAGAUCCUGGACGAACUCACACCGUUCCUCAGACUUUAUGAAACAGCGUCUGACUUCUUGAAGCAACACAACAAGUGGCUGCACGGGCCCAUGUCUGAGGUCAACCCGGACAAGGUGGAGGGCGAUGUGGGGAACUACUGGAGGACUCUGUACAAACUGGAGAAGGGCUUUGCAGGUGUGCCCAAAGCUCUGCACAUCACCUCCAGUGUGAAGAGCACAGUGGAGCAGUUCAAGGAGCACAUCCCCAUGGUCCAGGUGCUGUGUAACCCUGGUCUGCGGGAGAGACACUGGUCAGCCAUGUCUGAAGUAGCCAAGAUCCCUCUGGACCCCACCCCACACCAGAGCAAUGUGUCCCACUUCCUGUCCCUCAACCUGGAGCUGUUCCUGGGCAGCUUCGAGGGCAUCAGCGAGGCAGCCAGUAAAGAGCACAGUCUGGAGAAGGCCCUAGAGAAGAUGAAAUAUGAGUGGAGGGACAUGGAGUUCCACCUGCUGGCCUACAGAGACACAGGCACUAGUAUCCUGCACUCUGUGGAGGACAUCCAGAUGCUCCUGGACGACCACAUGGUCAAGACUCAAACCAUGAGAGGCUCCCCGUUCAUCAAGCCCUUCGAGGAGGAGAUCAGAGAGUGGGAGGGGAAGCUGCUGCUGCUACAGGAGAUCCUGGAUGAGUGGCUGAAGUUCCAGUUCACGUGGUUUUAUGUGGAGCCCGUCUUCAGCUCCCCUGACAUCACAAUGCAGAUGCCCGAGGAGAAACACAAGUUCACAGCUGUGGAAAACACCUGGAGAGAGACCAUGAAGCAAGUGGCUCUGGACAAGCAUGUGUUGGCUGUGAUCUCCAUCGACAAGAUGUUGGAGAAGUUGAAACAAUCCAAUGCUGUUCUGGAGCUGAUUCUGAAAGGUCUCAACAAUUAUCUGGAGAAGAAACGUCUUGAUUUCCCACGUUUCUUCUUCCUGUCCAACGAGGAGCUGCUGGAGAUCCUGUCAGAGACCAAAGACCCCACACGUGUGCAGCCUUUUCUGAAGAAGUGCUUUGAGGGCAUAGCCAGUGUGGUGUUCACUGAUGUUCUGGACAUCACUCACAUGAAGAGUUCUGAGGGGGAGGUGGUUCAGCUGCUUGACCUCAUCUCCACGUCCAAAGCUCGUGGACAGGUGCAGAAGUGGCUGCUGGAGCUGGAGACUGGCAUGAUCGCCUCCCUGCACAAGGUGAUUGGGGAGGCCAUCGCGGCCUAUCCCAAAGACCUGAGGAUCAACUGGGUCAGAGCCUGGCCCGGUCAGGCCGUCCUGUGUGUGUCUCAGGUCUACUGGACACAGUACAUCCAUGACGCCAUCAAGUCUGGACCCCAGGCUCUGGAGGCCUACCUGCAGCAGAAUAACCGUCAGAUCGAUGACAUCGUGACUCUGGUGCGGGGGAAGCUGUCCAAACAGAACCGUGUGACUCUGGGAGCGCUGGUGGUGCUGGACGUCCACGCUCGAGACGUUCUGGCCUCUCUGGUCCAGAAACGCAUCAGCAAUGAGAACGACUUUGAGUGGCUCAGUCAGCUGCGAUAUUACUGGGUGGACAACCAGCUCCAAACCAAGAUGAUCAACGCAGGUCUGCCAUACGGAUACGAGUAUCUGGGCAACACCCCCCGCCUGGUCAUCACGCCGCUCACUGACCGCUGCUACAGGACACUGUUUGGAGCCCUGCACUUGCACUUAGGAGGGGCCCCUGAGGGCCCAGCUGGAACAGGGAAAACUGAGACCACUAAAGACUUGGCUAAAGCUGUGGCCAAACAGUGUGUGGUGUUCAACUGUUCUGAUGGCCUCAACUACAUCGCUCUGGGGAAGUUCUUCAAGGGCCUGCUGUCGUGUGGAGCCUGGGCCUGUUUCGAUGAGUUCAACAGGAUCGACCUGGAGGUGCUGUCUGUGGUGGCGCAGCAGAUCCUCACCAUACAGAGAGGUAUCGCGGCAAACUCUGAGAUGCUCCUGUUUGAAGGCACAAAGCUGAAACUGGACCCAUCCUGUGCCGUGUUCAUCACCAUGAACCCUGGAUACGCCGGCCGCUCGGAGCUGCCAGACAAUCUCAAAGCCCUGUUCCGGACAGUGGCCAUGAUGGUUCCGGACUACGCCAUGAUCGCUGAGAUCGUGCUCUACUCCUGUGGCUUUGUGACCGCUCGACCCCUCUCAGUGAAGAUCGUCGCCACCUACAGGCUCUGCUCAGAACAGCUCUCCUCUCAGCAUCACUAUGACUACGGCAUGAGAGCUGUGAAGUCUGUGCUCACUGCUGCUGGCAACCUCAAGCUGGCCUUUCCAGAGGAUAAUGAAGACACUCUUCUGCUCAGGUCCAUCAUCGACGUCAAUCUGCCCAAGUUCCUCGCUCACGACCUCAAGCUGUUUGAGGCCAUCACCUCGGACCUUUUCCCCGGGGUGCAGCUGCCUAAGCGAGACUACAGGACUCUGCUGGAGGCCAUCGAGGAGAACUGCAAACUCAUGAACCUGCAGAUGACGCCCUUCUUCUCCGAGAAGAUCCUGCAGAUCUACGAGAUGAUGAUCGUGCGCCACGGCUUCAUGUUGGUGGGAGAGCCCUUCGGAGGCAAGACCAGCGCAUACAGAGUGUUAGCCGACGCGCUCAACCAAGUCAGCAGCAAGGGCGUGAUGGAGGAGAAUGCGGUGCAGAUAUCGGUCCUGAACCCAAAGUCCAUCACCAUGGGGCAGCUGUACGGACAGUUUGACCCCGUGUCUCAUGAGUGGUCUGACGGCAUCCUGGCCAUCAGCUACAGAGGCUUCGCUUCCUCACAGAGUCCGGACAGGAAGUGGCUGAUCUUUGACGGGCCGGUGGACGCCGUGUGGAUCGAGAACAUGAACACGGUUUUGGACGACAACAAGAAACUGUGUCUGAUGAGCGGAGAGAUCAUCCAGAUGUCUCCUCAGAUGAGCCUGAUCUUUGAGCCCAUGGACCUGGAGGUGGCCUCUCCAGCGACGGUGUCUCGCUGUGGGAUGAUCUACAUGGAGCCUCACCAGCUCGGGUGGAGGCCUCUGAUGCUGUCCUGGCUCAACACGCUGCCCCCUGCUGUCAGCUCAGAGCAUAAAACCGUGAUCACCGACCUGUUCGACCGCACCGUGCCCACCUGCCUCGAGCUCGUCCGCAAGGCCACCAGGGAGCUGUCUCCAACCUCAGACACAAACCUGGUGAAGUCCCUGAUGAACCUGAUGGACUGUAACAUGGACGAGUUCCACGACGAGACCAAGAUCAGGGCCAUGAAAGGAGAGGAGGUCUGCAGCUGGCUGGAGGGCAUCUAUGUGUUCAGCCUGGUGUGGUCGCUCGGUGCCAGCUGUGAUGACUCCAGCCGGCACAAGUUUGAUCUGGUUUUGAGGGAGCUUCUGAUUGGACCUCUGUCUACUCAGACCAAGACCAAAUAUCGACUUUUAACCAACACUGAGGCCUGCAAAGCUCUGUCUGUGCCUCUGCCUGAAGAAGGCACUGUCUACCAGUACAGCUUCAUCAAAGAGGGCGCAGGCCGGUGGCAGCUGUGGACAGAGGAGCUGAAAUGUGCCCCUCCCAUCAGUAAAGACAGCCACUUCAAUGAGAUCAUCAUCCCCACAGAGAACACAGUGCGCUACAUGGCUCUGAUGGAGCUGCUCGUCACCCACCACAAACCCACCAUCUUCAUCGGUCCCACGGGCACCGGCAAGACCGUCUACAUCACUGACUUCCUGUUGAAUAAAGUGCAGAAGGAGGUGUACAGUCCACUCUUCAUAAACUUCUCGGCUCAGACCACAGCGGCUCAGACUCAGAACAUCAUCAUGUCAAAACUGGACAAACGCCGCAAAGGAGUGUUCGGACCCCCACUUGGCAGAAAGCUGGUGGUGUUUGUGGACGACGUGAACAUGCCGGCCAGAGAAGUGUACGGAGCCCAGCCUCCAGUGGAACUGCUCAGGCAGUGGUUAGAUCACUGGAACUGGUACGACCUCAAGGACUCCAUGAUCAAGCUGGUGGACGUUCAGAUCAUCUGUGCCAUGGGGCCGCCAGGAGGAGGUCGUAACCCGGUGACCCCCCGUUUCCUGCGUCACUUUAACACUGUGACCAUCAACGACUUUGAUGAGAAAACCAUGUACACGAUCUUCUCCAGGAUCAUCCACUGGCACUUCUCCAUACGGUUCUCUUUCCCCAAAGAGUUCUCUGCUCUCACGUCAGACCUGGUCCACAGCACCAUGUCUGUGUACCAGGAGGCCACGAAGAACCUGCUCCCGACUCCAGCCAAAUCCCACUACCUGUUCAACCUGAGGGACAUGUCCAGAGUGGUGCAGGGCAUCUGUCUGUCCAGGCCGGAGAGCACCAGCGAGCCAGCGGUCAUCAAACGCCUCUGGGUGCACGAGGUGUUGCGGGUUUACUACGAUCGUCUGGUACAUGAGUCAGAUCGCUCAUGGCUUGUGUCUCAUUUACAAGAGGUGUUUAAGUCUCACCUGAAGGACGACUUCCAUCGACUGUUUCAGCAUUUGGACCGGGACCGGGACGACGUGACCGAGGACGAUCUCCGCAGCCUUAUGUUCUGCGACUUCCACGAUCCCAAAGGAGAUGACAGAAACUACCGCGAGGUCUUCAACGUGGACCAGCUGCGGCAGGUGGUGGAAGGGCAUCUGGAAGAAUACAACAACAUCCACAAGACCCGCAUGAACCUGGUGCUGUUCCGCUUCGCCAUAGAACACGUGUGCCGGAUAUCACGCAUCCUCAAGCAGCCCAGCGGACACGCCUUGCUCGUGGGUGUGGGCGGCAGCGGGCGGCAGUCCCUCACGCGGUUGGCUGCGUACAUGGCAGAGGCAGAACUCUUCCAGGUGGAGAUCUCAAAGACGUACGGUACGACGGAGUGGAGAGACGACUUGAAGAUGAUCAUGAAGAAGUCCACUCAGGGAGAGGCGCACGGCGUCUUCCUCUUCACCGACACACAAAUCAAAAUGGAAUCUUUCCUGGAGGACAUUGGGAACCUGCUCAACACUGGAGAGGUGCCGAACCUGUUUGCGGUGGAUGAGAAGCAGGAGAUCUGUGAGCGCAUGCGAGUGUUGGACAGACAGAGAUCGAGAGAGAAGCAGACGGACGGCAGCUCUCUGUCUCUCUUCAACAUGUUUUUGGAGCGAUGCAAAACACAGCUCCAUGUGGUGUUAGCCAUGAGCCCCAUCGGAGAAGCUUUCAGGGACCGACUCCGCAGGUUCCCUGCACUCAUCAACUGCUGCACCAUCAACUGGUUCCAGAGCUGGCCGGAGGACGCUCUGCAGGCCGUGGCCAGUCGGUUCCUGGCGGACGUGGAGAUGUCAGAGGAGACCAGAGAGGGCUGUAUCCACAUGUGCAAGAGCUUCCACACCUCCAGCAUCGAGCUGUCUGAACGCUUCCACGCAGAGCUACAACGACACAACUACGUCACCCCCACCUCCUACCUCGAGCUCAUCUCCACCUUCAAGACCCUGCUCCAGACCAAACGAACUGAUGUGAUGACGAUGAAGCAGCGUUAUGAAGUGGGUCUGGAGAAGCUGGAGUCUGCGGCGUCUCAGGUGUCGUCCAUGCAGGUGGAGCUGGAGGCCCUGCAGCCUCAGCUCCGCGUGGCCAGUAAAGAGGUGGACGAGAUAAUGGUAGUGAUCGAGAAAGAGUCUGUGGAGGUGGCAGAGACCGAGAAGGUGGUGAAGGUGGAUGAAGCCAUCGCAAAUAAGCAGGCCAUGGCGGCUAAAGCUAUCAAAGACGAGUGCGACGCGGAUCUGGCAGAGGCGAUGCCCAUCCUGGAGUCUGCUCUAGCAGCGCUCAACACUCUCACCACACAGGACAUCACGGUGGUGAAGUCCAUGAAGAGCCCUCCCCCUGCAGUGAAGCUGGUGAUGGAGGCCAUCUGUAUCCUGAAGGGGAUCAAACCGGACCGGAUCCCAGACCCCUCUGGAAGCGGGAAGAUGGUGAAGGACUUCUGGGGUCCUGCUAAAAAGCUCCUGGGAGACAUGAGGUUCCUCCAGAGUCUGCACGAAUAUGACAAAGACCACAUCCCCCCGCAAUUCAUGAGUGUCAUUAGGCACCAAUACAUGACCAACCCAGACUUUGUCCAAGAGAAGAUCCGAACAGCGUCCACUGCAGCAGAGGGCAUGUACAAGUGGGUCUGCGCCAUGGACAAGUACGACGAAGCGGCAAAGGUGGUGGCCCCUAAGAAGGAGAAGCUGGCUCAGGCUGAAGGAGAGCUGAGUGUGGCUAUGGAGGGUCUGCGGAAGAAACAAGCUGCUCUGAAGGAAGUACAGGACAAACUGGCCAAACUGCAGGACACUCUAGAGGCCAACAAGAACAAGAAGGCAGACCUGGAGAACCAGGUCGACUUGUGCUCUAAGAAGCUGGAGCGAGCGGAGCAGCUGAUUGGAGGACUGAGCGGAGAGAAGACACGCUGGAGGGAGAUGGCUGUGAACCUGGGGGAACUCUAUACAAACCUGACUGGAGACAUUCUCAUCUCUGCAGGCAUCAUGGCCUAUCUGGGUGCCUUCACCUCCAGCUACAGACAGGAGCAGACACAGGAGUGGAUGUCUCAGUUUAAGUCCAGAGCCAUCCCCUGCUCCCAGCACAUGUCCCUGAUGAACUCCCUGGGAAACCCUGUGAAGAUCAGGGCCUGGACCAUCGCAGGACUGCCCUCAGACAGCUUCUCCAUCGACAACGCCAUCAUCAUAUCAAACUCGCGGCGGUGGCCUCUGAUGAUCGAUCCUCAGGGCCAGGCCAAUAAAUGGGUGAAGAACAUGGAGAAGGCCAACAGUCUGCACGUCAUCAAACUCAGCGACAGUGAUUUUGUCAGGACUCUGGAGAACUGCAUCCAGUUUGGAACUCCAGUUCUUCUGGAGAACGUUGGCGAGGAGCUGGACCCCAUCCUGGAGCCUCUCCUGCUCAGACAGACCUUCAAACAGGGAGGAGCUGUGUGCAUCCGCCUGGGAGACUCCACCAUCGAGUACUCCCCAGACUUCAGGUUCUACAUCACCACCAAGCUCAGGAACCCCCACUACCUCCCCGAGACGUCUGUCAAGGUGACGCUGUUGAACUUCAUGAUCACUCCAGAGGGCAUCCAGGACCAGCUGCUCGGGAUCGUCGUGGCCCGAGAGAGACCCGAUCUGGAGGAGGAGAAGCAGGCUCUGAUCCUGCAGGGAGCCGAGAACAAGAGGCAGUUGAAGGAGCUCGAGGACAAGAUCUUGGAGGUGCUGUCCAUGUCCGAAGGGAACAUUCUGGAAGACCAAACCGCUGUGAACAUCCUGUCCUGCUCCAAAAACCUGGCCAAUGAGAUCUCAAAGAAGCAGAGCGUCGCCGAGGUGACGGAGCAGAAGAUCGACUCCACACGGAUGGAGUACAAGCCCAUCGUGGUGCAUUCGGCCAUUUUGUUUUUCUCCGUCGCAGACCUGGCCAACAUCGAGCCCAUGUACCAGUACUCCCUCACCUGGUUCAUCAACCUUUUCAUCGGCUCCAUCGACAACUCAGAGAAGAGUGACGAUCUGGGACACAGGCUGCAGAUCUUGAAGGAGCACUUCACCUACUCCCUGUACAUGAACGUGUGCCGCUCUCUGUUCGAAAAGGACAAGCUCCUCUUCUCCUUCUGCCUCACCAUCAACCUCCUCAUGCACAACAAACUGGUGGAUGAGUCUGAGUGGCGUUUCCUUCUCACUGGAGGUGUGGGCUUGGAUAACCAGCACUAUAACCCCUGCACCUGGCUCCCAAAGACGUCUUGGGACGAGUUCUGCAGACUCUCCGACAUGGAGAACUUCACGGGCCUGAGGCAAGACCUGAUGAGUCUCCGCAACGAGUGGAAGAGUGUGUACGACAGCUCUAGCCCUCACCAGAUGCCCUUCCCAGGACAGUGGCAGGACAAACUGAGCCAGUUCCAGAGGAUGUUAAUAAUCCGCUGUUUGAGGCCAGACAAGGUGGUGCCGAUGAUACAGGAGUUUGUCUCUGACUCUCUGGGACAUCCCUUCAUUGAGACUCCACCCUUUAACCUGUCUCAGGUGUUUGGGGACAGUCAUUGCUGCGCUCCCCUCAUCUUCAUCCUCUCCCCUGGAUCCGACCCCAUGGCCGCACUGCUCAAGUUUGGAGACGAGAGGGGUUUCACAGAGAACAAGCUCACGUCUCUGUCUCUGGGACAAGGACAGGGUCCCAUCGCCAUGCAGAUGAUCUCCACUGGCAUCAAAGAGGGCACAUGGGUGGUGCUGCAGAACUGCCACCUGGCCACGUCGUGGAUGAGCACGCUGGAGCACAUCUGUGAGGAGCUAAACCCUGAGACGACACACCCAGACUUCCGGCUGUGGCUGACCAGUUACCCCUCACCCACCUUCCCAGUGGCAGUGCUCCAAAACGGGGUGAAGAUGACCAACGAGGCCCCUAAAGGUCUACGCUCCAACAUUGCCCGCUCUUUCCUCAUGGACCCCAUCUCUGACCCCGAGUUCUUCAACGGCUCCAGCAAACCGGAGGUGUUUAAGAAGCUGCUGUACGGCCUGUGCUUCUUCCACGCUCUCACUCAGGAGAGGAGGAAGUUUGGACCUUUGGGUUGGAACAUUCCCUACGAGUUCAACGAGACGGACCUGCGCAUCUCUGUCCAGCAGCUGCACAUGUUCUUAGAGCAGUACCAGGAGGUUCCAUUUGACGCUCUGAGAUACUUGACUGGAGAGUGUAACUAUGGAGGGAGGGUCACAGACGACUGGGACCGCCGCACGCUCAGGACCAUCCUGUCCAUCUUCUACACCCCUGAGAUAGUCCACGACCCGCAGUACAAGUUUGACCCCAGCGGCCUGUACUACGCACCAGCAGAGGGCGACUACAACAGUUACAUCGAGUACACAAAGGCUCUCCCUCUGAACCCGUCGCCUGAAAUCUUCGGGAUGAACGCGAACGCAGACAUCACCAAAGACCAGGCGGAGACCAAGCUGCUCUUCGAUUCUAUCCUCCUCACACAGUCCCGGGCCACAGGUGGGGAUGGACAGUCCUCUGAUGACCUGGUCUUCGAAGUGGCGGCUGACAUUCUGAGCAAACUCCCUCCAGACUUCGACCUGGAGUCUGCGAUGAUGAAGUUCCCCACCAACUACAGCCAGAGCAUGAACACGGUGCUGGUGCAGGAGAUGGGCCGCUUCAACCACCUGCUGUGCACCAUCCGCACCUCCUGUGUGGCCAUCCAGAAGGCCAUCAAGGGUCUGGUGGUGAUGUCUGCAGAGCUGGAGGAGGUGGUCAACAGUAUCUUAAACGGUCGGAUCCCUGCCAUGUGGAAGAAGAAGUCCUACCCCAGCCUCAAACCUCUGGGCAGCUACAUGAACGACUUCCUGGAGAGGCUCAAGUUCUUCCAGGACUGGUUUGACGAGGGCGCUCCUGCUGUGUUCUGGAUCUCCGGGUUCUUCUUCACUCAGGCGUUCCUCACCGGCUCUCAGCAGAACUACGCUCGGAAGCACACCAUCCCCAUCGACCUCCUGGGCUUCGACUUCGAGGUCCUGUAUGACAUGACGUACGACACGCCCCCAAAAGACGGAGUUUACAUUCGAGGUCUGUUCCUGGACGGAGCGCGCUGGGACCGAAAGAACAACCUGCUCACAGAGUCUCUGCCCAAAGAACUGAACGACACCAUGCCCCCAAUGUGGCUGAAGCCGUGUAAGCGUCAGGACGUCCCUCAGAGGCUCAGUUACUUGUGUCCCGUUUACAAGACGAGCGAGAGACGAGGCACUCUGUCCACCACCGGACACUCCACCAACUACGUGAUCGCCAUGACGCUGGACACCGACCUACCCCCCGAGCACUGGAUCAGGAGGGGCGUGGCUCUGCUCUGCCAGCUCAGCUCAUAGUACGACUACUACAGAGUAUACAGAGUAUACGGAGUAUAUACACAAGUCCAAAGUUAGAUGUUUGUGGAUGUAUUUUUGUUUCAAUUUCAACAGUUCUGA